CCUGGUGGGACGAAAAGAAAACAAACCCUGAUUACUCGUCGCACUCGAAAAAGGUAGGUGGAGCUGUCCCUGCCUGGUCUGCGUCUGCGUGGUCAGAAUCAGAGAACCAUAACUGGGAGCUGGCGAGAGGCGCAAACGGAGAGACUUAUCGAGACGACAAGGACAACCGCUCCUGGGGGAAAGCGCAAGGUGACGAAGAUGAGGUUGAUGCAAAGUGGAAUGCCGGCACGGGAACUGCUUCUUCAUCUUCCUCUGCUCGUGACUGGUAUUGGAAGGGAAAUGGGAUAAGCAGUACUACGCAC